UCGAACAUCCUGGGCCGUUGGAUCCCACCAACAAAAACAAAAUCAAUUCAAACAAACAAACUUUGUGGAGAUCAGUCAUCGCCUGAUCCUAGGGUUUCUUCCCGCCCCGUCUUUUCCGAGGAUGAUGAUUCAUGAAGAAUGACUUGUCAUUUGUGCAGUUGGAGCAUAAUGGAUAACCAAACUAGUUUUGGAUUUGAUUCAGAUGAGAGUGAGCUUGAUGUGCAAGCCGAAAGCUUUGAUGAUGGAAUAAUGGAAGAUGAUUUUUCAAAGAAUUUUGAAAUUUUUGUGGCAGAGGAUAAGAAGAUAACAGAACAGCCUGAUGAACAUCUCUCUGUAAUUAGUGAAACAUUAAAGCCCUAUACAGGCAUGGAAUUCAACUCAAGGGAUGAAGCUAAAGAAUUCUACGCUGCCUAUGGCAGGCACACUGGUUUUACCAUACGUAUACACCAUAAUCGACGAUCACGAGUAAACAAUCAGGUUAUUGGUCAAGAUUUUGUUUGCUCAAAAGAGGGUUUUCGUGCAAAAAAGUAUGUGUACAGAAAAGACAGAGUUCUUCCCCCACCACCUAUCACCCGAGAGGGCUGUCAAGCAAUGGUAAGGCUAGCUUUAAGAGAUGGAGUAAAAUGGGUUAUAACCAAAUUUGUUGAAGAGCACAAUCAUAAACUAAUGAGUCCCAGUAAAGUUCCACGGCGUGGAUCGGGGAAACUCUUAGUUAGUGAGGAUGACAAGGAUAAGAGAAUCCGGGAACUAUCACUUGAGUUGUACAACGAGAGACAAAAAUGUAAACGACGAUGUGCUGCAUACGAAGAGCAAUUAAAUAUGAUUCUGAAAGAUUUAGAGAAUCACACAGAGCAUAUAUCAAACAAAGUUGCUGAUGUAGUGCAGAGCAUCAGGGAAAUCGAGGAAAUGUCCGAGGACUCAGAAAGCGAUUAGAGUUGGCACAUCUUGUACCAUAUCUUCAGCCUCUUGCAUUCCUUGUUUCCCCAAGACUGGCAGUAUGGUCUGACUUAUCACUCUCAGGUGCCGGAUUCUUAACUCCUGAAAUUCACCUUUGGUCCAUGCUCAAGUAAUCAUUUCAGAUGAAUAAAAUUCAAGAUUCCUAAAUGGGAUCAUGUUUACCUUGGAUGAUCACUGGCUAGAGUUCAAACAAGGCUAUGCUUUGCUUAGAUGAUUAUUGAAUUGCAGAUUUUGUACUACUCGCAAAUUAUAAUUCUCAUUAAAUCUAUUUUUUGAAUGCUUACAA